GUUGCGCUUGCUAGUGUGCACUAGAAGUAGAAACUCUUGGUACCAGCCUCCAGAGUCCAAGCCGGGCAGCACCUUGGAACAAGUACCUACUGCGUACCUACUAUCGUGGCACUUGGGUUCUCGCAGUUCUGCCAGUCGACCAUCCCACUGACCUCAACCUCGCUGCGUCACACUCCCGUCUGCAAGCCAAACGCCUUGCCUGAGGUGCCUGUCUGCCUGCCUGCCUGCCUGCUUGCUUGCUGCCGUCACCCUCGAACCCCUGGAUCCCGAGUUUUCCAGAGAUCUACCUACCUGCUCCAAUCCAGAUGUCCGUGUCCAUGAGCGGGCAGUAGGUAAAGAAGGAAUAAGAAGAAAUACGCGACGUUUGACCCCAGAGCGCGCGUCUCCACGGCGUUGGCUCCGACCCUUACGCCAUUAGCCAGGUCCAGCCAACGGGUCCAUCAAGCAAGCACACUACUUAGUUACUUUGAUGUCUUUGUCCUUGUUCACAUUGUUACAUACCCCAUCUCGGCUAUUGUGAUCGAGUAGCCAUGCCCAAAAUCCGUCGUCGUCACCGUUCAUCUCGUCGCGUGCCUCCGCCAAAGGACAGCGACUUCGACCAUGAAAUCACCUUGAUAGACAAGGAAGACGCUUCGCCAGCUAGUUCCAGAGAAUCUCUUGCGCACGUCAACACAAAUGGAGACACCCACAAGGCCCCAGAGCCUUCCGGUUCCCGCCGACAGAAACGUCUCUCCGUUUCUACCGAGCCCAGACCCGGAGUAGAGGACGGAGAUGCGACUCCACAUCGUAUCGAAACAAGUCAGGGUACCGCAAUCGCAGAGAAUGACGCGAAGGCUGCGAUACCGUUGGAUGGUCCAUCCGUCUACAUCCAACAACCCACCCCCGAGCCCACUGAACUUGAACGCAAACUAUCCUUCCCAUCUCUCAAGUCCAAACCAACCAAGGCUUCGAAUGCCUCCAAAGCCCCCCGCGAAGCCAAUGGCAGCACCCGCCGAAAAUCCCUAACCACCCCCGAAUCCGCUAUCGACAUCCUCUAUGAAAACCAACGCGGCUGUUUCCUCUGCGGCAGCCCCCUCUUCUCUGGCAAAGCCCUCGGCCCUCUCGACCCGCCAGCAUGGACCAACUUUGCACACAGUGCCUCCCCAACGGACAUCACCAACGCGCAGGUUCCCGACCCGUCAUGGGAGUGGGCGUGGCCCGAGUGGCGUGUCAAUCAUGAGAAGGACUACGCCGAUGAAGAAGGGUGGGAGUACAGCUUUGCGUUCAGCAAGAGAUUGUCAUGGCACCGCCCAAAGUGCUGGAACUCGUUCGUAAGAAGGAGGGCAUGGAUACGGAAACGUGUGAAAAAAGCAGCUGGGUAUGAGGCUCUGCAUGAGGGACAGGAUGCGUCCAAGCUGAACCCAGAGUACUUUACCGUCCGGGCUUCCGCCGAGAUGAACAGGGCGAGGAGCCGGAGCCGGAGUCGGAGCAUGAGCAGAACGCGUACCAAGAGCCGCAGUCCCAGCCGGGCUAGCACAGGGAUGAACUCGCGCCGGAGUCGGGCGAGCAUGCGGAGUAUUUCGGAGGCGCUGGAGGAAGAAAAUGAGAUGAUGGAGGAUAUUGAGAAUGUCGAGCAGUUGCUUGCGGUGCUGAGGGAGUGCAGAAUUGACAGGGAAAAGAUCGAGGCGGUGAAUAAUUAUCUUGAGCAUGCCGAUGAUAACCUCGAAGGACUGGCGGGCGCUAUGCACGAUAUCAUGUCCCUGUUUAUCUUCCAGGCUUCGAGACGGGCGAUGUUGGCGAGACUUACGGAGAUCUAUGACAAGACUGUCGAAGAGCGGGAGAGGAAAGAGAAGGAGGAGAAAGAGGAAAAGGGUAAGGGCAAGUCUACCGAUGAUAAAGCCACUCCUCCAACAGACGGAGCGAUGUCCUCACCAGCAUCACCACCACCACUUAGCCCCGAAGAGCUCCAAGAGGAACAAUCUCGCCGAGAAGAGAACCUCCACCAGGCUGUCAAGAGAGCUGACGAGGAAGUCAGACGCCUGGAGUACUGGAGCGAUGUCAAGGAAAUGGUCAUAGAGGGAGAAACCAAGGACGCCGUGAGUACCAAGAAGGGCUGGGACCCUAGCUGGCAGGGUGUAGAUAACUCGGGGCCGGCACAGCCGCCGGCGCCGAGUCAUGAUGAUCCUCAGACAAAGUAGGUCGGGGAAUUUGGUUACUACGGGCUUAUGAGGCUUCACGGGAACGGACAAAGUAAACAGCACCCUCGGCCUUGUUAAUAAGAGGGGUAACAAAGUUUGAACUGCACAUAAUAUGGAUAGGGACAGAAACAGGGACAGAAACGGGGACAGUAUUUUUUCUUGCUCUUCAUUUCUUGGGGGUUUGCGCGGUUGGGUGUUUGGAAAAACAAGAGGCAUGCAUGCGGUUGUUGCUGAUAAGCAUUAUCUUCAUAUACUGUUCGGGUUGGGUUGUUGGAUAGUUUAGCUUGCUGGUUGGGAUAGGUGUUUCAAUUCUUGUUCUCCUAUGGUUUUUCUUCUCUGGUAGUCGUUCAUCAUCAUCAUUAUCCUCAUCCGCAUUCUGGAUUCGCAUGGGUAAGAGAGCUUGAAGAACCGUUUCGCCUAGAAGUUAGCAGUUCUUGGUGCAUAUUUCAUUCUUUGAAUAGCUUAAGUGAAUGCUUACAAAACC